AUGCAUUACGCCUAUCCCUCUCGAAAAAGCUCGAAUCCUCCACCUUAUCUACCUCGUUCUACGCGAAUACCGAGAAUACGGAGGAGUCAACUCAAACCGAUCGCUUUCUUUGGGCUAAUAGUCAUUGGUUUGAUAUGGGUGUUUUCCGGCAGCUCGAAACACGCAGGACAUCGCGCGAUAUCGGGGAAACCCCCUGUCGUGCUGGUAACUGUGUUCGAUGACAAGAAUGAUAACUCGGUGUAUAUCAAGAAUAUUAGGGAAAACAGGAUGCAAUAUGCGGAAAAGCACGGGUACGGCACAUUGCUUGCCAAAGCUAGCGAUUAUAACCUCAAUGGAUCACCUGCGUCCUGGGCGAAAGUUGUGGCAAUGCGCCAUGCUAUAACCAAGUACCCCGAUUGCAAAUAUAUGUGGUUUCUCGAUCAGAAUGCGCUCAUUAUGAAUCCGCAUUUGAAAGUGGAAGACUACGUCAUGGGCGCCAGCAAACUCGAAGCCUCCAUGUUCAAGGAUCUCCCAGUGGUCCCCCCGGAUAGCAUUAUCAAGACAUUUUCACACCUUAAAGGAGACGAUGUCGAAUUCGUUCUUACGCAGGAUAAAGAAGGUCUAUCUUCCACUAGUUUUGUCAUCAAAAACGGCGAAUGGGCCAAAUUCUUCCUUGAUACUUGGUUCGACCCAUUAUAUCGGAGCUAUAACUUCCAGAAAGCAGAGACGCAUGCCUUGGAGCAUAUUGUUCAAUGGCAUCCAACAAUAUUGUCAAAAAUGGCCAUCAUUCCUCAACGAAUUAUAAACGCCUAUAACAAUAACGGUCAUGGCGAGCAGUACAAGGAUGGAGAUAUUGCGGUUGUGUUUGCCCAUUGUUCUAACGUUGGGGAUAAUAGCUGUGCUAAGGAGGCCGAACGAUUUUCGCAACAGUGGCGGACGUCAUUUUCUAGGGCAUGA